AGAAACCACGUGAUCCUGAAACCCGACGCGGAUUUACUUUUGUUCUCCGGACAUUGUCUUUUUUUUUUCUCUCUCGCUUUUUUGCCGGGAGAGGUCGCAUAUAUUCUAUCCAAACGAGAACCCAGUCAUUAUGGAAGAUCUCGUUCCUCUAGACUAGAAGAGGAACUCCUCCUAGCUUAGUUAUGGACCAAACUCAGAAGGUAACACAGAAGUAUGUGUUUGCGAUGGAAAAGUGGGCUGUGAACGGCGUGUAGUUGGAGUUGUGUUUUGGGUCCGGACAUCGCCGAGAGCCCUGGCAGCAGCACACAGCCAAACAGGCAGAACGCCAGCAUGGCCGCAGACGCGUCGGUGAAGUCCUGCCAAAUGGACCGCAGUGGCAGCUUUUUUAAGCUGAUCAACUCUUUUUCCACUGAGAUCUCAGAGCUGAAGCAGGAGAUGGUUCAAACAGCACGAGAGCCAGACACAAAGCUUCUACAAGGUCUGGCGGGGGAGGUGAGUGGUCUGUUCCUGCAGUCUUCAGUCUGCACUGGAGCAGCAGGGGUCCGGGACUCUGGCUAUGACUCUCUACGUCGGCAUAUGAGCGUGCUGGACAGACUAACACACUCACACCCAGUCUGGCUUUUACUGCCACUCAGCGAUGAAGAAGCGAAACGCAUCCUACAGCCUCAGCCACCAGGGACAUUUUUGGUGAGACGGUCAUCUAAACUCCAGAAGAAGGUGAUUUCCUUGCGUAUGGGCGCAGACAGUGCUCCAGUGACUGUGAGGGACUUCCCAGUGACAGAGAGCCAGUACAGUGACCUUCUCCUGGAAGGGUCGGGGAUCAGCUUUGCCGAUCUCUUUCGACUGGUGGCUUUUUGCUGUAUAAGCAGGGAUGUUCUUCCAUUUACAUUGAAGCUUCCUGAGGCAAUCUCUGCUGCAAAGACUACUACUGAUCUUGAAGAAGUAGCCAAGUUAGGAAUAGAAUUCUGGCACUCUAAGCUGUGUCAAACGGAGACAAGCUCUGUGCUUGAUGGAUCAGCUGUCCAGCAGAGAGUGAAGCAGGCAGAGCGAAGCACAUCCCUUGGAGACAAUUCAACACCCAUCCCACACACUCGAACCCCGUCCCAGCUAGAGUGCAGUCAGUCAAACGGGGCUCUGUGCUUCAUCAACCCUCUGUUCCUACAGACUCACCUCUCUGAACGUGCUUCCACAAAGACUGCCACCUCGUCAGCAUCUGGAGAAAAUUGUGCACUUUCACACAGCAGCAGCUCCUCUACUCAGGGCAGAAGCCAUGUAAGGCCUGAAAGCGUUCUUCGCCGAGCCAUCAGCACAGACUACACCAGAAACAAAGGCUUCAAUAGAGAAGAAAGUUUGUCACGCUCCCCUCCACCUCGACCACCCCCACCACGUACCAUCUCGCGUAGAUCGGCCAUUAUAAUCAAGCAGAAGAGUAUGCCUGAGACUGGUGUUAGCUGGAUUAAAAUGCCUCAGGAGAAAACCAGCUUGCUGGGGCGUUUAAGUACCUCAUUCAGUUCCAUCUCACCCUCAUCCUCACCACCGAAGAAGAUCAGCUCACCCAUCCCUAUGCCAUCUCGCCGUGGAAAAAGAGCUCCCAGCAUUCCUGAUGUAGACGGACAACUCUGCCACCUGGCACUGGAGGACCAGAUUAUUGAGCAGGCAGUGUCUCAGAGCCUGGCCAAGCAGGCAUUGAGGAAUGCAGCCACAGACAGUAGAAGCCCUGCAGAGGAGGGCAGUCCUGUGGGGCAAGAGAGACUCAGUGACAUUAGUAUCUCCACCUCCUCCUCUGACUCUCUGGACUACUCAAACAGCUUCACACUGCCAGCAGCAGCCAGCCCGUCCAGAGCUGACAGCAGCCUGGAGGAGGAGGAAGAAGAGGAAGACUUUGGAGUUGGUGUAGAGAGUGAUCAGGAACUCAGCAUGGAACCACCCUUUAAACCCAAGAAGCGGCACAACGCUGGAACGUUUGUGCUGCAGCGGGCACUCAAAGGACAUUUGCGUAAGGUCAGCGGCGUCUUUAACUCGCUCAUGACUCCUGAGAAAAGAGCGGUCAAAAGGAUUGUAGAGCAGUCCCAAAACAAAGGCACCUACUUUGGCUCCCUGGUGCAGGACUACAUGAGUUACAUGCAGGAGAAUUGCAGCUGCCAUGAGUCAGGCUUUGAGCUGCUGCAGACCGUCCGGCAGUUCAUGACUCAAAUGAAAUCCUACCUGCUGCAAAGCUCCGAACUCAACCCUCCCAUUGAGUCCCUCAUUCCAGAGGACCAGAUUGAUCAGGUACUGGAGAAGGCCAUGCACAAGUGCAUCCUGAAACCUCUGAAGCCCGUGGUGGAGGCGGCUCUGUACAGCUUCCAGGUGAGAACUGGGGUCUGGCAGCAGCUAAAGGAGAACCUCUCUCUGGCCAAAGCCAAGCAGCCACAAGAGAUGGGUGUAGAUGGAGCCAUGCCACCAGACCCUGUGGCCAUAGAGAAGAUUCGUCAUAAGUUCCAUAAUAUGAGCAAGUUGUACUCACCUGAGAAAAAAGUAUCACUACUGCUCCGUGUCUGCAAGCUCAUUUACACUAUCAUGGAAGACAAUUCAGGGAGAAUGUACGGGGCAGAUGACUUCUUACCCAUGCUGACAUAUGUUUUGGCUCAAUGUGACAUGCCUGAACUGGACACCGAGAUUCAGUACAUGAUGGAGUUACUGGAUCCUUCUCUGUUGCAUGGAGAAGGUGGAUACUACUUGACUAGUGCAUAUGGAGCCAUGUCCCUCAUCAAGAAUUUCCAGGAAGAGCAGGCUGCACGCGUGCUGAGCUCAGAAACCCGUAACACACUCCACCAGUGGCACCGCAGACGCACAGCUCAGCGCAGCAUACCAUCCGUGGACGACUUUCAGAACUACCUAAGAGUGGCGCUUCAGGAACCGGACAGUGGUUGUACAGCUAAAACUCUGCAGGUGCGACCAUACGCUACUACAGAGGAGGUGUGUCAGUUAUGUGCUGAAAAGUUCAAGGUGCAAGACCCUGACAAACACGCCCUGUUCCUUCUGACAGAGGAGAGCACGCAGCAGCUGGCCCCGGACACACACCCACAAAAGAUCAAAGCAGAAUUGCACAGUCGCCCACAGAUUCUGCCUUUUUACUUUGUGUACCGCCGAAUCCAGAACCUCAACCUCACUGCUCCAUCAGAUGAAUUAAAUGGCAACUCGGUCCCUGUCUGAACUUUAAGCUUCUGAAGUGUAUGUGCCGUGCAUUUCCUUUCACCUACUUACUGCAAGUUUUUUUUUACAGCACCAUAAAACAAAAUGUGCUGUUUUGGAAAUGUAUGUAUCUGAAAGAAACGGAAAAUGAUGCCGGGCCCUGAGGAAAAAGAAGGAAGGAAGGAUGUGUCUGACAGAUGCUGCAUUUUCAGCUCUUUUUUUCUUUUUUUGUUUAACUUUUGGGAACUGGAACGUGAGCAUCACAUUUGAGGAAGCUCCUUUUAUGUUGUGUACGUUACAAAAGAGGUGGGCUUAGGCAAGAGAGCUGAUGGGACAGUGCAUGGCCAUUAUUGAGUGAGGCUAGUUUAAUAGAUGUUUAGUGCUUUUUUUUAAUGCUGAGGUUUUUCUAUACUGCUUCAGUAUGAAUAAUGCAGUGCUCUGGUUGACUGCUCUUUUUUUAAGAGUAAAGUGUACUGGGAAUGUUUUAAAUAGCCUGCUAAUGCUCGUAUGGUGGCUGGCUUCAGGAAGCUGCUUAGCUGAUAGUCUGACAUGUCGAGCAAUGAGCAAUUCCACUGCCUAGGAUGUGGAGGAUUAGAUAUCUAUAUCAGACUUUACACUUUGUAUUUUUAUAUGCUGAAAACCUUAUUGUUAACAUUUGUAUGCAGUUGCUGGUAAACUGCUUUCUUUUUUUUAUACAUCUGAAAUAUCAUUAGUAUAACAAUGCAUGCAUUUGUCGGUCACAAAUAAUAACUAAGAACCAGGCACUGUUGCCAGUGAUGUUUUAUCAUAUGCAUAUUUGGAUGAAUGAAUUUGUAUGUGUCAGUGCUGGUAAUCUAUCACUAGUCCACAAAACAUGUUCAUGCUCCCACCCCUGUUAAUUUAUAAACAGUUUUUGGUAUGAAGACAUAUAUAAAUCAAAUCUUGAAUCCAAGUUGUAGAGAAUACUGUACUACUGACAAGCUAAAGGCUUGUGUGUGAAUAACGCUGAGUUGCAUCUCUGUGCUUUAUGGUCCAUUCUGAAAGUGUGCAGCAGGACAGGAAGGUUGUUUUGGAAGUAAAGUUUACAGAAGUAGAAUGUAAUGUUGAGCAGAGAAAUCAUUAUGGAUUACCUGGAAGGUAAUAAAAAGAAUGGAAUAACGUUCAUUGGAAAAACAUCUCAAGCAGUGGUUUUAUACCUUUUACUGUAAAUUCUGAUCAGGUAACAAUUGACUAAAUUGUUUUUUGUUUGUUUGUUUGUUUUGUUUAUCAUAAUUGUAUGCCUAAUUACAAAGAUUGAGAUUUACCCAUUGUGUUAUUUCCUGUUAAAGUGCUGUGCAUUUUUAUGCCUGGAUAUCGAUGGUAAAUAUGUUAAAGACUGAUAAUUAGACUGUCUGGUAAAAAUAAGAUCAGAUCAAUGCAAAACGUAACCCCUGUAGCAUUGACACAAACAACAUGGCCAUCAGGACAAACACAAGGCGUGAUGAUACAUCGUCUAAAUAUAUAAUGUAAAUGUGAUUUUUAACUAGAUAUGUUAAGUGUUAUUAGUAUAUAUUUAUAUGUGAUCUGUGCAGGGAUUUUCACAGAUUUUCUUUUGUUUUUUUUUUUUUUUUGGGAAAAAAAUUCAAAUGUGUUAAAGUGUAUUAUUUUGUAAGUGUUUCACUACUAGCACUCCCAUAAGUUUUUUAUGUUGCAUUUAUUCAUGAACAAUACUAUUUUGCACACAAUAAAACAAGAAUAUAUACA